GUCAACACUAGAGGACAAAUCCAUAUUUUCUUUGAUGAUCGUUCGAUGAGAGAUUUGAAAAAGCAGAAUCAAAGUCGAAUCGAAUUCGAAUAUAGCCUUUUGUGUUUGUUUGUCCCUGCACCCCAGCAUAAAAUAGAAAAAUGCCCGCUCCACUACAUCUAUGCGACACGAGAGCAAGGUGACUUUUUCGGUUGAUUAGUUGAGGCAAGAUGAAUGUAGUGAAAGUCACUUUUUGUUGGCAACCACCUUCUUUUUACAAGUCUUCAAAUACGAAAAGAAGUAAGCCGAUUAUACUGUCACUGAGGCUAGCACCGCAGCUCGUGUUACAACAUUUACAUCGACUCCUAUCGCUACCUAUAAUUGAUUGUUCCUCUCGAUUUUCCUUUCGUGCUCGUUCUCGUUUGUGUAAAAGGUCGUGACGGUGAUGGCCGCGAGCAUCGUGCUUGAUGAAGUGGUCGAAUGAGAACAUGAAAAUAACAUAACUCGAUGGAGGAGAACGUGAAGAGACAUGAUCAUGCCUGCUACGAAAAAUCCAUACUGCGCCUUCGGCGAACAUGAUAGGACUAGGAGUAGCACCUUUUGUUCUAGUAGCAGUACCGACGAGGACACGCGAGAUGUUGAAGUAUUUAAACUGAGCGACUUCUACGGAACAGAAACUGCAGCAGCGUUGUCUAUGAACUCAUCUCCUCUGCAACGAGAACGACCCGGUGACGAAACCACUAUUACUAGCGACGGGCCAACCGCAACCCUAUCCCUAGCACCUGGAGCAAGAACUAUUGCGAGCGCUCCUCCAGCACCAGCCUUCGCCUCGACCUCUCCUGGCACAACUUCUCGUACAAACGCAAGUUGCAAACCAGCUCCCACCCUCACACUGUCUACGGCACCAGAUGACAAUAACUCCGGAAUAUCGACGAUCAGAUUGAUCAGCAGUACAACUAGUUGUGAAGAUCAUAUUAUCGAUCCUAGAACAAGCUCAAGCAGACGCGCUGAAGAAAGUAGAUCACAUCCGACUCUUUGUGCCGUUAGAAGCGACGGGUCAAACGCGCAAAGACGGGAGCCGCCGCGGCAAGAUCAACAUGAUGAUACGUCGACAUCGACGAAAACAACUAGUACAACAGCUCGUUUCAUCGAGCUAACUACGUCUACAAUCGCCACCACACAACUACAAGAGCAGCGUACUUCCACGACUUCAGAAGAACGAGGCUCCACUGAGUUUGCAGAACAACAUCACAAUAGGAUGAACUCAGCACAAGAACAAUCAACAACUCCGAUCGUGAGCGCACCAGCCGCUGGCAUUGCUCAACCGAAACCAACCUUUGACAGUGUUGAAGGUGAUGUCGGUUUAGCACAGAAGAUCACUGAAGAUUCUCGCACUCGAGUGUCGCCUGAAGGAGGCGCUGGCACUAAAAAGAGCGUCACACCACAACUCUCUGAGUUACGGCAGCUGCCACGUUCAACGGAUCGCCGUCCAUCGCAGUCGCCAUACUCUCAAGUAUCUGAAAGUUCGCUUAUUUACAGCAGCUUCAACCCUCCUGCAGGCGGAACGAAAGAGGGAACAUCACUGGGAUCGCUCUCCUGUUCAAGGGGUGGGAAUAGUCAGAAUAUGAAAAGGAGGCACAAUAAUUAAAAGCAAACUUGAAGAGUAUGAGUAACAACUCUCACCGUAGCCAGGUGGGUUAGUAUGAAUACUAAUGUUUUUACUGUAGCACGCAUGUAGAACAUGAAUAACAAGAGAAAGAAAGUGAGUGAAUACUUGAUGACUAUGAUUAUGAUUAUUCUUUAUUCUCAUCCAUGUUAAGUGAGUGUGCCUGAAGAUCCAGAACAACUAAGACUCUCUCUCUACCUCUUUAUCGUCAUACUCUAAUAUGAAAGGCAUGCAAGCGGCAUCAGCAUCUUCAAAUUCGCCAGAAGCGUCUGCCUCUGGGAAGCGCUUAUGCCCAGGCAGUAGCAAAUCCAACAAUACUGCUCACGCUGUUGCCGUAUUGCAAUCGAAACAAGAAGAAACAAACGAAGAAGGAGAUGCGAACAUCAACAGUUGUAAGAAUCUUUUACACGGAGUCAGUGAAGCGAGCCAGUCAAACGUCGGCGAAGAAGCACCAGCGCACGACCCUGGGAGCCACUCUGAUGUGUUGGUCAUGAUACAAGUGAAGUCUGAAGAUGGAGACGGCUCUGUUCCUGUUUUCGACACCGCGCCGGAUCAUACCGCAAACCAAGUCAAUGAAGUCAAUGGCAAUGAGGGACAAAUCAAUGAAGCAGGACCACAACCACAUCCACAUCCAGUAAACGAUAAAAACGGCCAAGUAGAGAGGCACAGGGCUGAUGUGUAUCCCUCGCUUUCCGUUCCUACGACGCCGAAUGACGGUUACGUUGCUGGAACCACGCCACCACUGAAAGAACGACCUGACGAAAUAAAAGAGGCAGGCUCGGUGGCACCGAACAUCAAGGUAGUAGUAAGUACAUGUUUUUGUCACUGUGCUUAAUUACUUGCAAAUAUAUCUUCAGGGGUAGUCAAGGUUAACGUUGACAUAUAAAGGAUGUAUGUACAACGCUAUGAGCAUUGCCUACGCUAACAACCUCUUGGACACUCGCACCACCACCAUUUUCUUCUUUGUAGGAGCAAGAAUGUGCUGAGGAUAUCGGUAUCGCGAUUUCGCCAUUAAUGCCUGUCACUCUGGAAAUUCUUCCCGAGGUAGAUGAGCUCGGAUGCUCUGCCUGCACUGCCGCAACUGACGCUUGCUCGGCUUCGGUACUGGUGAUAAGAACUUUGUGGACUUAGAUCCUCCACCAACGACUAGGCAGUGAAAAGAACUUCUAGCAACAACUGACGACCACUUAGUAGUUCUUAGACUUUCGAAAACUGACGCUGACUAUGAUGUAUCUUAGAUAAUUUAUUCUACUCACUCCAUCUUCACGUUCACAACCUCGACAGGGUGAGCAAUCGUCUUCGGUUUCCAUUGAUUUCAGCCUCGAGCAAGGGCAGCAGCGGGAAGCUGUCCCUGGAAAGUCUCCUGGUCCAUCAAUCGAGUCGCCGAUUAUUCCCGCAUGUGGAAGUGUCCUGGAAGAGAAAGAGACGGCCCCCUCAUCUGUCAGAAAUCUCACCAUCUCUUCCGAAGAGGGCAAGGGGACGGGCGGGGGAGGUAAAGAUAACGCUUUUGAGAUUGAUUGUGGAGAUUGAUGAGUGUUUUAAACUUCGACUACAUCCUAUUAUUUACAGCGUCCUUGCCCUCCAUGUUAAUGCUUUGUUCAACAAGAACAUUGACCGGAUUGACGCUUCUCUUUUCACUUUGCCCUUUUUUCACAUGGCAGGUACCUCUAGACCAAGUUUUCCCAAGACCAAUGAGGCCAGGAGCCCUGUGUCCGGCACACCUGCGUUCCCUCGAGUGGUACUAACGUACCAACAAGAGCCAGCAUUUUCAGCGGCAGACGUGGCAGAGUCCGUCGCAGGCUCCAGCGUGCCACACGCGGAAAGUGUUUUCGGAGUACUCAUUUUCAAGAUUUUUGUUACGUUUUUAUGUGCUCUCUUCCUGCUCUUAGUCUCUUCCUUACAACAGCGGCUGUCGUGUAGUAUCCCAAGAACGUUUCGUUUAUCUCCUACAUUUAAUGAAAGAACUCUAACUUCUACUUUUCUCCAUUUAUGUAAAGGCUACUCCAGCCAAUUAUGAGCCUUCUAAGUCGCUUAACUUUAUUAAGCAACUAAACACAAAAAAUCAUCUGACAAUAAUUGAGUAACAUCCUCCCAUAGCAGGACUGUUAGAAGUUUUCCCCCUUUCUCUGAGGUGUCUGUGCUGCAAAUCUAGAUUGGCUUCUUCCUUUGCAUAAGGUUGAGGCUUAGGUCCAGCGGCGCUCAAAGCACUAAAUAAAACAACCGGCUAGUUUUUACCUCUAGCGUGUAGCCCUUCCAGUAAUCCAUUUAUGUAAAGGCUACUGAGACAGUACUUAGUAUCUUUCACAAGUCACAAUCUUCGUGAAUCUAUCAGACGCCAUUGACCGUGCCGGUGGAUCCUAGCAGAGCACAGGUGGGCAUGUCCUCGAACCUCGUGGAGAUGACAACAAUGCUAGUAGGCACACCGAUGAGUGCGAUGUCCGCGUGCGAGAGUCCCGCAAUGGUCUCUGUCUUGUCCCCGAUGUCGACGCCGGCUCUUGGAGGGUUCGUCUCUGCCGCUCAGACACCAAUCGGCCACCGAGGUGGACGUCCUGAGGAUUAUUAUUACAACUAUCAUGGUAGUGACAGCCAGCACUUGCACUUUCCAGGAGGACCAGGAUGUGGAGGAUCAUCUUCAUCUGGAGGAUAUGGACAUUAUCAUGGGCACCAUGGGCAUGGGGGACCACAUGGUCAUGGUCAUGGAGGUCCAGGACACAUGCAUCGUCCCGCACCAGGUGGAGGUGGACAUGCGCACUACAGCAAUCACGUCGCAGCAGGUGGUGGUGGAGCAGGACCUACUUCCUCAUCUACUUCAACAUCGGCCGCUUAUCAGCAGGGCAUACAAGCCGGAUGGAAGGCGUCCGGAAGUAGAAAGGGAGGCAAAACCGCGGGCCAGCGAUUAUUCGGAACCUCCGCAUCAGAAAGCAUGUGGUCGAUGAUGCUAGGAAUGGUCAGCGAACACGAGCCAAGCGUCUUUGGUGGGACACAUGGAGGCAGUGGACCGAUGGUUGACCUUCUGCAUUUACGACCUAGUUGUAAUCCCAAACUACGUCUGGUGCUAGGACUACGUCUUCGUCUAUCACGUUGGUUGAUGUAACACAAAGUUUUCUACUUCUAUUAAGGGUAAUUUUAUUUGUGAACAAUCACGACAACUCUAACAAGCUGCAUUCAAUACUCGUUGUAACAAAGAAAAUGAACAAAAAUGUCUGCUCUAAUAACCGGCGGCGAUGCCAGUGUGGAGUCGAUGUUUCAUCAAUCCGGUGGCCCUUUCGGCUACGGAGGCACUAAGGGCUUUUCCGGUGGAGGGGGACCGUUGGGAUCCGACGGACCGCAUAAGGGCAAAGCAGGUUCGACUAGUUCCAGCACGAUGAGCCUGCUACAACACCAACAACAGCACUAUGGAGGCGCAUCAGGAUACCACACCCACGCAUCGCACGGCGCAAGUGCCCCUGCACAUUCCUACGGUCCUGGAGCUGCUGGAGGAAUGCCGCAACAUCCUGGAGGAGGAAAGUCUUCGAGUGCUGGAGGUAAGAACGCUCUGGCAGCUCUUCAUGGUGCAAACGCAAAGGCUUCGAAAAGUUCUCCUCCCGUUAUCGUAGCUGGACAUAAAGGGAAAAGUGGCAAUCAGGGUAGUGCACCUGCAGUACUUUCUCCUGAAGCGGUGGCCGCCGCGCAACAUGGAGGUAUACUCUUAGAAUAUGAAGCAGUGGCCGUCGCGCAGCAUGGAGUUGUAGAUGCUCGUAGAUUAUGAUUUAAGUACGAAAAUUCUAUUUAGAAGGUACAUCAUGACUGAGUGACCUCACAUCCACUUGACCACGUGGUAAACGAGGGCGCAUGCCAUGACAUGAGUCAGAGAAGAUGAUGGAACUGCCAAGACAGAUGGCGAAGAACGAGCGAGAGCUACUUGUCGCACCAGCAACAUUUUUUCCUUCAUACUCAUACAAUGCAAUUCUUUCACCCUCAACUACAUUUUCAGCUGCAACAUCCGGAGCCACAGCGUCGGCUGCAGCACCUGCACACCCAUCUAGUACUGGCGCCCUUUCGCAACAAGCGGUCGGAGUAGGUGCAAAUGCCUUUUUCGAUACGGCGCGCGCGCAGGUGGAACCCAAAUUCGGAGACAGAUUUUAUGCAGUCUUAGAGGAUCGCAUGCGCGCUUAUGAGGUGCGCUAUGGUGUUCGCUGGGACCUCACUAGUAUUCAGGACAAGCAACUACAGGAAAAGACCUUUCUCCACUUACUCUCCUUCGUCGUAAAUUGCUGGUCGAGGGAUGAGAAACAGUGCUACAACGCUGAGGUACUGAAAUUUGAAGAUGUUGUUUAUAAUCUUGUAAGUAAGUAUGCUUUAUUUGUUUAUGAUUUUGUUGGAGCUUGAAUGACCCUUCUUUUGCAUUGAUUAGAAGAUUGUCAGCAGAUCGUUGACUGAGGUUCUUCCUUGUAGUUGUUCCCAAAAUACACUCUCGUAUCUAUACCAUAGAUACACUCACUCUCACAACGCAAAGGCUCUUACUUGCCUCACCUGCGUCCUCAACAACGUAAGUAAUUUAUUACAACAGAUCCUGUGGAAGAUGGUGCUGAACGUGAAUGCUAUGCGGGCUUUCUACCACGUGAAGCCUUUCACGAAGUUUUUUUCCAUGAUCGUAGCCGCUUACGAGAAAUUCGUUUGUAGGAGCGAGUUUGGAAUGCGAAGGGAGGAUUUCCACAUCAUAGACGCAAUGUUCCGCCAGAUCUGUCCAGAAGGAUGCGGGCUACUCAAUGCACAUCUCGAUUCUGCUUACGUACUUUAUUUUAGUUUUAAUACGACUAGACUUGUUCAUGGAAGAGAUAGAGGAUGAAAAUCCAUUUCUUUUCACAUGAUGAUGAAGAUGAUAUUUUCUCACACAACCAAAUCCGACCUACAGUGACUUUGACUCGUUAUUUGUUGUAUUACGACCAUCUUCUCGCAUCACUCAGGUUCGAUUGUUGAUGAUAUUCGGAGAUUCGUUAUCACCGGAGCGUGAGAGCGGGUAUGACACAGCCUUCCAUCUGAUUAUCAAGCGACGAAAGGAGUACAAGCCUCACUCGUACAAUGCCCAGUACAUGUUUUUGUUGUACCAGGCAGCCUUAGACUACGUCAAGGAGCGGGAGUAUUUGGAGGAGUUUUCGGAGCACAUCAACAAAUGGGCAGAUUCUGAUGGAAUGAACAAGCAUUUAAACCGGGAAAAAACCACAAAAUACCACAUUUUCGGAACAGGCGGACAAGGCGGCUCGGCAGCGGGACAGAGUAACUCUAGUUCGAGUGCUUCAAGCAAUACUUCUGGAGGUGGAGGUGCUAGUUCUGGAGAAAAAAUGAUCGGUGGAGAAAACUCAUCUACUUCGGGAGGAGGCCGAGGAAACAAGACUAACAGUGCAGCCACUACUAGUGGAGGAACGAAAACGAGUCCGCCAGGUCCAGAAGCAAAAAAGGCUGCUAUGGGUGGAGCAGAUCAACAUGCAAGGGCCAAAGACUAUUCUACUUUUGAGAACCUUCAGAAGUUUAUUCCCGCAGACCGAACAAGAGCGAGUACUUCGGUUGCUUCAACAAGCGCACCUACCAGAAGCAAUUCGGCUGAAAUUGCGACAACACAUUAUACAACUAGUACUUCCAUCACAUCCGCUCCUAUUAGUUCAUCUUGUAUCAACACGUCGUCAUUAAACGGAGGUGGACUAAGCAAUGGCAAAGGUGGUGCAUCUUCUGGCCCCUCUGCAGCUGCUUCUUCCCAGCAGCAGCAUCCCAGUGGUCUCGACCAGAACAUGCUAGAGCCAACGCUGAGUACAAGCAGUGUUGUGACAAGUGCGAGCAGUAGCAAACGAGACGGGCUGGGUGGCUCCUGUGGAUCCUUUCCGGGCGACCCACAACUGCACACGACUGAUGGGACAGACUGGCAAGCAGGGGUCCAAGCAACUAGGAGUUCCAGCACUGGAAGCGGCCGUACUCUUUCUGGAGCAGGCGGAGACAGGAAGAAUCAUGACCACGCUGGUCAACAUUACAAUCCACCAUCUUCUACUGCAACUGGAGGUCGGCACCCUCACCACCAACAGCCGCAACUACAUCAUGGUCAACUACAUGAAGGAUCAGUUCAACAUAAAAACCGGAGCGGAGGUGGUCCUGGUUGUGGUUCUCACCAGGAGAGGGAGUCUACUGGUUCGGGGUCUAACGUUUUGUUUUCACCGCCUGUAGCUGUGAGUAAGCCAUUCGCUCUCGGUGGAAAACGAGGUUCGUCGCCACUCUACAACACCGACACAACUGGCACGACACCACCGCCAGGACUACAACUAAACUCAGGAGGUCGUCGGGGAAACACCACAACUUCAACGGGUCAACUAGAAAAUGCAAACAGCAAAAAUUUUGAUUACGAAAGCGAUAUCUUUGCAUCGCCUGCUGGCGGCGAAACGGAACCGGGAAGCGAUCAUAUAGGCAUAGGUGGAGGAGGUGGUGGUGUUGGUCAUGGUCUUCAGCACGAUUACGAAGUAUUCCUGAAUCAUGCAGGAGCCCAUCAUGGACUACCAGGAGCAGGACCGAGCGGCUCGCACCUCCCUUAUCAUGACGACGGUGGCGAAGCAGCUUAUCGAAUGAUGCAGCAGUUGCAUCAGCACAUGAUGGCCUCAUGGGGAAGUGGAACUAACCAGGGGAGUGCUAGUGCGUCUUCGAAUACUACCCUAACAUCAGCCAAUACUAGCCACGGAGCUUACGGAGGUACAACAGGAGGACUGAAGGGAAAAUCUGGCGCAGCUGCUCCGUCAUCCACUUUCGGGGUCGCCGGGAAAGGAGGGGCACUCAAUUGCAAAGGCGCACAAAGCGGAUAUCCUGCGUCGCAUUCACAACAUCUUCACACAUCAGGAACAGCAUCAGCCGCAGCUGCAUACAACAAAACUGGAGGAAAAUACAACGGGGGUUCGAAUGCUGCAGCACUCAGCGGGAAAUGCCAUAAGGGAUCAUAUAUUUCUGCGGAAACAGCCUAUCAGAUGGCUGGACGAUAUAGUGGUAGCGACGCAGCCUUCGUCGAGAGCCUCUUCGGGAGCUAUACCAAUGGAGUUAAGGGCCGUCCUCCCAAGUCUACUAUUCACUGAUUGAUGUAGAGGAAGUAGAACAUGAACAACUCGAUCGUAAGUUAACGAAAUGAUUAGGGUCCGCGCGCCUCGUUGAGGAUGGCAUAUCACGCUGUCAAAUCUCAUUUUUGGUGAUUAGCGAGAAUUAUCAAUACUCGAAGAUCCUCUACCUUUACCUCGUACCGCUAUUUCACCGCUAAGAAUCGCAGCAAAGGCGGUGCUGGUGGUGCAGCAAAUUACCCCGGGUUCUACAAUCCCACAACCGGCUCUCCACUUCUCAACCUGAACAAAGGCCCAGAAUAUCUCUACGGUUUUCUUAAAGGGCGACAGAAAGGCUCUGCCUUUUGGGAGGGCUUCGGACUAGGAGCUUCGAUGGCUGUGUGA